GGGAUCGCGCAGCGGAAAGAGGAUUGCGUUCGCAAUUUGCAGCGUGCUUUUUCAGAAUUUCAGCAUUGCCCACCUCUCGUCCUCCAUGGCUCAGUCUGACUUCUCCAAUCACUGGUAAGAUCUAGGCAUCCUUUGCUCUGCCAUGGGCCAAUCUGGUGUAGCCGUCGCGGCUCCCUUUGGCGCCUCUCAGAUGGCCACAUUGUCAGCUCUCGAGAGCAGGGUUGACAUUUCCAUUGGCGCCGCCGCUUGCAGUCAAACCUUUCUGUGUCAGCAACGUUCUUCAUCAAAAUGCUGGACGGCUAAGAAUGUAAGGAUCUCAAUUGCUGGCUUCUAUGGGCAAUUACAAACUCGUUCACUCAAAGGAAGAAAGGACGUUUGUAAGCAAACGUUGGUGCAAUGUGGUGGUAGGGGCUACACAGACUAUAAGCAACUGCCCAGUAGAGAUCUGGGGAAAAGAAAGAGGUCAAGUAGACAAUGCUUUGCUAGUGCUGAAUCGGGGCUGAUUGGAGCUGUUGCAACCGCCCCAGCGCAGCAAGAGCAGCUGGAAGGGGGCGCAGCAAUAGGCGAGCAGACUUUCACACUGACAAAAGAGCAGAUCAAUCAGACCCGACUUGCAACCCGCCCUUACCUGGACUCUGUCUUGGCCAGCCCCGAGCGCCGGCCAGAAUGCACCCCAUACCUGCUACAGCAUCCCCCCGGGGCGCAAGUCCGAGGGACCGUCCUCUUGUUUCAUGGCUUUACUGGCACUCCAAAGCAGAUGUCUGUGCUGGCACGGUACCUCUUUACCGCAGGCUACAACGUGUACAACCCUUCCCUUGCGGGCCAAUGCUAUGCGGACACGGACAGGUACUGGCCACGGGUCGACCUCCGGUCCGAGUUCUACGACCCCGUCGCGGCCGCGGCCGCGCGCGACCCCGCGCUCCGCAAGUUCUUCGCGGCGCUCGGCGCGGUGGGCGCGGCCGCGCCCGACGAGCGCCCGCCCGAAACCCCAAACCUCGUCGAGAUGGCGGGCGUCGUCGCCGCGCUGCUGCGGCUCCGCCCGGAUCUCGCGAGCAUCGUCCAGUGCAUCGUGCAGGAUGAUCAUCCGGACUUCGACAAGUAUUUCGAGAGCAAUCAUAUGAAGUAUUUGGAGCAUGCGGAAAAGCGGAUGGCGGAGGUGGCGGAGCUGCCGGGGCCGCUGAUUACGAUCGGGCUGAGCGUCGGAGGCGCCGUCGCCCUCGCGCUCGCGGCCGCGCACCCGACGCGCGUCGCCGCGGUUGUCGCAUUCGCGCCCUUCCUGAAAGUCCAUGGCGAGGUGCGCGCGCAGUACGUCAACCUCGUGGGGCCGCUGCACCUGCGCGAGACGGGGUACGACCCCGCGCUGCAGUUCUCUGUCGGCUGUUACACGGCCAAUCAGCGCUUUGGCCGCACUCUAGUUGCCGCCGAGAGCGUCGACGCGCUCGCGCGCGUGCCCACUUUGCUGGUGCUAACGGAGAACGAGGACGCUGCUGACGUUGCCGAGAACGAGGCGCUGAGCGCGCGCCUCGCGGCCGCGGACGCGGGAGGCGCGCGCGCGCCCCACUUGCUGCUCAAGUACGCGGAGGACGCGCGGGUGCCACACCCUAUGGUGGACCCACUGGAGGAGAGCCAGGGCAUGAGCAACGCGUACUGGAGAACCAUGUACCAGGAGACUCUCCGUUUUCUUCUCCAUCGCGAAAUUGACGUCGAGAACUUCCGUUCCGCCGAGUCGUCCCCCGACCUCCCACGGCCACCGGAACCGGAAGCUGCAGUGGCAAACGGAAAGGAAGAAGUACCUCAAGGCACAGAAAGCGCCACGUCCCGAUGGCCGUCAGUGGUAUUAGCCCUUGCAAUUUUGGCAUUCGGCCUUACGAUGAUUGUGAAUAGAGAAAAGUGUCUGGUGUUCUUAAAACAGUUGGUGAGCACAUGAAACAAAAUGGAUCGACGUUCAACGGUUGAUGUCCUGACUUGCGUUGACUCACUGAUUAUGAAUAGAGCUCGACUUCCCCUGUUAUAUCUUGCUUAUGAAAAGUACCAGUAGAAGAGGACGGUCCCAGCCAUCAUUGACUGGCGAUGACAUUGCAACACUAAAAGUCGAAAUCUUAACUCCAAUCUGCGUUAAUACAUGCAGAAGAUAGGACUUGGAGACAUUCUGAAUUGACCGUCGUGCAAAAGUUGUUUUCAUAAGCGGAUAUCAACGUACGUAUGCGAUCG